UUUAUGUUCUGGGUGUUGAGGAGUAGAGAGCCAACAGGUGUGUCAAGGGUCGUCAGCACCAACACGGGACAACUUAUCUUGUUAUCUCCUCAGUGUUUUAUCUCUUCACUAUGACUGAUGCUGACCUAACUACCAAAAUGACGUCUAACGAGCCCAAGAAUUACCUGGGGUUUGACUUUAGUACACAACAGGUUAAAGCUGCGGUGGUGAAUGAUCGCCUGGAGGUGCUACAGGAAGCUGCCGUCCAGUUUGACAAUGAUUUACCAGAGUAUAGGACCCAUGGUGGGGUGCAGGUGCGUGGGGACGGUGAGACGGUCACAGCUCCUACUAUCAUGUGGGUGAAGGCCCUCGACAUGUUAAUGGACAAGCUCAGGGUCGCCGGAGCAGACUUUUCCACCGUUGCGGCCAUUAGCGGCACUGGACAGCAACAUGGUAGUGUAUAUUGGCGUACAGGGGCCAGCAGAACACUGUCCGAGGUGCAGCCCGAGCGCUUCCUUCACGAGCAGCUGGCUAUGGUCUUCAGCAUCACCGAGUCCCCCGUAUGGAUGGAUUCUUCUACCACUGCUCAAUGCCGGGACCUGGAAACUGCAGUGGGGGGCGCGCAGAAACUGGUAGACAUCACAGGGUCGAGGGCCUAUGAGAGGUUUACAGGCUCCCAGAUCGCUAAGGUGUACAAGAAUCGCAAGGAAGCAUACAGUAACACGGAGAGGAUUUCCCUCGUGAGUAGUUUUGCGUGUUCACUGUUCUUGGGACAUUAUGCUGCAAUAGACUUAGCUGAUGGGUCAGGCAUGAACUUGCUGGACAUCAACACAAAGGAAUGGUCGCAACAGUGUUUGGAUGGUUGUGCUCCGGGAUUGGCGGAAAAACUAGGCAAGCCCGUCCCCGCCUCCGAGAAGUUGGGCACCGUGUCGUCCUAUUUCGUGGACCGUUACAGCUUCAACCCGGACUGUGCUGUCAUAGCCUUUACCGGAGACAACCCUUCCUCGCUGGCUGGGAUGUGUUUGGAAAGAGGAGAUGUAGCUGUCAGUUUGGGCACCAGCGACACACUCUUCCUGUGGCUGGACACCCCGAGACCCCAGCUAGAGGGCCAUGUGUUAGUCAAUCCUGUAGACAGUAAUGCAUACAUGGCUCUCCUCUGCUUCAAGAAUGGAUCUCUGACACGGGAGAAAAUACGGAACGAAUGUGCGGACUCGUCAUGGGACAUCUUCAACCAGCUGCUCGACAUGACUCCUAGGGGGAACUUCGGCAACGUUGGUAUAUAUUACUUCAUGCGAGAGAUUAUCCCCGACCUUGAAGGAGUUUUCCGCUACAACAAAGCCGAUGAAUCCGUCUCGCGUUUCACCAGUCGGGAAGUUGAGGUGCGAGCCCUGAUAGAAGGACAGUUGCUGGCCAAGCGUGUUUAUGCAGAGAAAUUGGGCUUUCAUAUUGACAGUAAGACCCGAGUGUUAGCAACAGGUGGGGCUUCCAAUAACAACAGCCUCUUGCAAGUCCUGGCUGAUGUCUUCAACUCACCUGUGUAUACUAUGGAGGUAGCCAAUUCAGCGUGCCUGGGGUCGGCCUACAGAGCCAAGCACGGAUUGGUGGGCGGCGACUUCCAAGACGUAAUAAAGAAACAAGACUUUAAACUUGUCUGUAAACCGCAUUCUGACGCUGACAAGGUUUAUACACCCAUGGUGGAGCGUUUCCAACACCUAGAGACUUCACUGUUGGCUGCUAAGAAGUAGCGAGUGACAGCUACCGCACCGUACGUCCAGGUGACUAUCCCGAGGCGAGGAACAUUACCACUGCCGAGACCUUGACGAGAGUUACUACAGAUACGCACGGUCCUACUUGAGACGGCUGGGGAAUACUGCAUAUGGUGCUUUUUAUAACUUUACUACACUACUUAUUUAUUAUAGGUGUUAUGAUAAUGUUUACUUUCUCCAGAUACAGUCAAGAGUAACCCCAGACCACAACAUACUCCAUUACAUUCUUGAUAUUCUGACAACAGGAUUAUAGUGUUACUCAUCCACUAAGGAGAUUACUAGUCAGUUAUGUCAUAGAGAAACAUUAUCUCAGACAGUUAUCAAAUAGUGUCGUAAAGUUUAAUGAUAAAAUAUAAAAAUUACAAAAUUUACUUGAUUGUGGCAGCUCUAUGAAAAUUCUACCGGUGAGAUGUGUUGUGUAUGUCAUGAUGUGUGGUGGAUGAUGUGUUGUGUGUGUCGUGAUGUGUGGUGCAUGAUGUGUUGUGUGUGUCGUGAUGUGUGGUGCAUGAUGUGUUGUGUGAUGUGCAUUAAAUGUCCCCGAGACCAACACACCUAGACCACCAUGUCAGGUGUCCACACUUCACAACAGCUGCACAUCACAUAUUAUAACUUAAUCCAUUCUCAGCUUCUGGUUUAUAAGAGUUAUACACAUCACUUAAAGCUCGACCUACACGCUGCUUCCUUUGCUAUACAAGACCUGGAGUUCCUAGUAAGAAUAAACUGCAAUACACUUUCUUUAAAUGAUGUUGAUAUAGUGAAAUCCUCAUUGUAUUUGCUUCCACGGUCAGCCAAAGUUACUUCAGAACGUGUAGUUAUUAAGAAUACAUUUAGCUUAGUUACCCCCUUAUCACGCGAAGAAAAUUGUAUCUCGUAAUUUUUAAUAGUUGACGGGAUAUUGUAAUUACUAAUCUCGUUAUACGCUUCAAGACCUCAGUUGUUUAAGCGCAGUAAUAGCAUUAUGACAACCGCUUCACUUCAAGGACGCCACUUUUAAUAUUUGGCAACCAUCAGAUGCUUUUAUUCAUUCCAAGAGUCAACCCCAUACACAAGGGGUUAAAUUAACAUGUUAAGGAUGUGAUAUAAGUUGUUGAUAGAGAGGUGGAGAAAUUAAUGAUAUUUGUACAGGUAUCAUUAAAUUAUGUGUGAGGUGUGGUGAGGUAGACUGUGAUGUGUGAGGCAGGUUGUGAGGUGUGAGGCAGGCUGUGAGGUGUGGUGAGGUAGACUAUGAUGUGUGAGGCAGGUUGUGAGGUGUCGUGAGGUAGACUAUGAUGUGUGAGGCAGGUUGUGAGGUAGAGGAGACAAAUUGUGAGGUAUGAGUGAGAUACAAAUUCUGGCAGCCAAUACACAUCAUCUCUGGCUUCAGUACAAGGUUUAAUAGCUGCUAUCAUCAUUAAAUGUGGCCACAGUCAAGGCUUUUAAAUGUAAUUAGAUUUUCAGUGGAAGUUAGCGGUGGAAGCAGUGAGAAAAUGUAAAUAACAAUCAAACUCUGUCAUCUUUCUUUCUUCCUUUCUAUACCAUUCUUCUUUCUCCUCUCUACCAUUCUUCUCCUUCCCCUAUUCUAUUCCAUUCUCUCUUCUCCCUUCCCCCCUCCCCAAGUGUUCAGGUAUUGCACAAAGGUUUAUAUAUACCACAAAGAUUAGGUCACACAAUGUUGUAGUACAAAAGCUACCGCCAAGGGCACCAUAUUGAUGGAUCCACUAGACUUAUCUUUCACCCAACAAUUACCAAUGGACAACAAAGGGCUAAAAUUAGUGAACGUUUGUAAAUAGCGAAUUGUAAAGUAACGUUAGUUGUCGUGCCGGUUUGUCGAAUAUUACACCGACUGUCGAAUUGUGUGUUUACGUCCUUGAUCACGAGCAUUCGGUGCCUCGGUAAACAACGGAGCAGCCCCCUAGUUAGUGGAGUGGUGGUGAGCCGAUGUAUUCUACCCUUUACCAUGAAGUGUGAGGGCAUUAUUUCUUCUUGUUAUUUCGGUUGUUACCUUAAAGUACUGUACUGUAUUGGUUGUGUGAGGUAUCAUUUGGGGGUGGAAGUCCGUGUGUAUAUGGACUGAUGAAAAUUUACUCUAUAUAUUGACAUAGCUAACGGGCGUUUGUAUCAUAAAUAACAUCAAUGAGAAACAACUGGAAUGUGUAUUUAGAGUUUUGGAAUUGUUAACAGCUUAGACGGGUGAGCCUCUACCAGAAUCGGACCAAUUUUGUUAUGUAGUUGACGUCUGUUGUGAAUUUUGGUUUGUUUAAUUAUAAAAAAAAUAAUGUGAGAGAUUUACCCUUCUGUUAAAUAAUGGUUGAAAUGUUAAAAUGAAUGUUUGCUAAUUUAAUUUGUUUUAAUUUACAAAUAUUCUAUUAAGCUCAAUUUAUUUGCAUGUUAUGUCACUGUAACCAACUACAAUAUAUUAUGCAGCUAUUUUACAGUGGAAUAUGUUACUGGUGGGUUACAGGUACAGUCAUUCUGUAUCAAACCAUAAGGUAAUACAGUUACAAUCAAAAUUUAAUACUGUAUUGUGUUGUAAUAUUUGUUUGUUUUAUAGCAAUAAUUAUCUAUGUUAAGUUUUAUUUUAUUUUUUGGUCAGUUUACAAUGGAAAUACAGUGAGACCUCAAUUUAACGGACUAUAUACUGUAGAGAUGAAAGUCCAUUAUAUCGAGGGUCUGUUAGAUGUAAAACCUCCAUCUAAUGAACUACAUAGAGAUGAAAGUCCAUUAUAUUGAGGUUUCACUUUACUGUAUAAAACACAUUGUAAAAAUUAACCAGUUUUGAUGCUCAUAUUGUAGCUGAGUUAAAUCCUGUAUUGGAGGUUAUCAUACAGUAAACCCUUUCAAUAACCUAACCUAACCCAAGCCAACCUAACAUAACCCUAACCUCACCAGACAAAUCCUUACAAGCCCUAUCCAUUAUAGAGAGGAUUCUGUUAUUGAGAAUAUCCACUAUUGAGAAGUCAGUUAUUGGGAGGCGUUUACUGUAUGGUUACAAGUCCACAGCCGCCACCUCACUAGUAAUGUUUCCGGGGAGAGAAACGUUACUAAUAAACAAUAGCUUAAUGCA